AUGGCUGCAGAAUUUAAAUUUAUAGUUGACAGAGCUAUUUAAAAAUAUCAAAGAUAAAUAGAAUGUCUAUAAAUAAAAUAAUAAAAGUGUUAAGCCUAAGUGGAGGAUCUAUAUAAGAAUGAUGAAAAAAUAAAAAAUGCAUUAUUAAUUGAAUGUAAUAAAGAUAUCAAUAAUUUCAAUAACUACUUAUAAUAAUAUAGACAAUAAUAAAUAAAUUCAAUGACAGAAAUUUGUUAUCAAGAAUUAUAAUUAUUUAAUGAUAUAAAUUCAUUAGAAUACAAAACGGCUAAAAGGAAUUGUAUAAGAAAUUAAUUACUAAACAAUGUUGUGUUUGAAUAGAAUAUAUAAUUAAAGUUAAAUGGAAUGUAAGUUUGA